AUGAGCGUGACCAGUAUAGUUGAGGGAGUUGAGGAUGGGCUUAGGGAGCCACAAAACUCUCGCGAUGCUCGGGUCGAAGAACUUUGGUCGAGCCUCGAGCCUGAUCAUACAGGAGAACUUGAUCUCAAGGGUCUGAAGAAGGGGCUUCGGAGGAUUGAUCACCCCAUGAAGAACGCCGACGACAUGCUAAAACGAAUCAUGGAAGAGGUGGACAGAAAUGGCGAUGGAAAGAUCCAAUAUAACGAGUUCCGAAAAUUCGUCGAGAAUGCAGAGCGCCAGCUCUUUGCCCUUUUCAGAUCAAUUGACAAGGACGGAAAUGGGAAGCUGGACAAGCUUGAGCUUCAAACAGCUUUUAAGAACGCCGGACUCACACUAUCGAACCGCCGCCUCAGUGAGUUCUUUGACGAUAUGGAUAUCAACAACGACGGUUAUGUCACGUUUGACGAAUGGCGAAACUUUCUCCUAUUUAUGCCCCCACACGAUCACGAUUCUCAGCUCCAUGCAGUCCUUGACUUUUAUUACUCGGUGGUCAGCGUAACCCCAGAGGGAGACACGCUUGUUAGUGAGGAAACAUUAGAGGGCUUAGGCUACUUUCUAGCAGGUGCCAUCGCCGGGGGAGUGUCGCGUACGGCUACUGCGCCUCUCGAUCGGUUGAAGGUCUAUCUGCUUGUGAACACGUCCAGUCGAGCCGAGACAGCGGGUGCGGCUCUUAUGCAAGGUCGUCCUAUCGCCGCUUUACAGAAUGCAGCCAAACCGUUUACCGAUGCAUUUCGAGAUCUCGUUCGGUCAGGGGGUGCUCGAAGUCUUUUUGCAGGAAACGGGCUCAAUGUCGUAAAGAUUAUGCCAGAAACUGCUAUAAAAUUUGGUUCAUAUGAAGCUGCCAAACGAGCUCUCGCCAAUUUUGAGGGUCACGGAGAUCCAAAGAAGCUCAGCUCGUGGUCAAAAUUUGCCUCGGGUGGUCUUGCUGGCAUGAUUGCACAAGCUUCUGUUUAUCCUUUGGAUACCCUCAAGUUCCGACUGCAAUGUGAGACCGUCAAGGACGGCCUUACAGGCGCAGCUCUUGUUCGCCAAACCGCAGUCAAGAUGUACGCAGAUGGUGGUCUGCGUGCGUGCUACCGAGGUCUAACCAUGGGACUUAUCGGAAUGUUUCCCUACAGCGCCAUCGACAUGGGCACCUUUGAACUACUAAAAAAGUCGUACAAGUCUUACUAUGCCCGGAUAGAUAACGUGCACGAAGACGACAUCAAGUUGGGAAAUAUUGCGACAGGAAUUAUAGGUGCUUCAUCUGGAGCCUUUGGUGCUAGCGUGGUCUAUCCCCUGAACGUGGUACGAACACGACUUCAGACCCAGGGCACAGCCAUGCACCCGGCGACAUACACUGGCAUUUGGGACGUGACGAAAAAGACGAUCCAGCGAGAGGGUUACCGUGGCUUAUACAAGGGUCUAACACCUAACCUUCUCAAGGUCGCACCCGCUCUGAGUAUCACCUGGGUCGUGUACGAGAACUCCAAGAGAAUCCUUGGAUUGACCUAG